CUCAGUGGUUCGGCUGGCGCGCAGCGGCCGCAGUGGCCCGGUGGUGGGGGCAUGGCGGCGCUGCGGCCGUCCUGCAGAGCGCCCCAGAGCGGCAGGUCACGCAGGAACGCCAGCCUGUCGCCGACGGCGUUCCGUGCCAGGUCGGCCACGAGGCCGGCCGGAUGGACCGGCGUCUCAUAGAGCGGAAGCAGGGAGUCGACGAGCAGCCGCGCGCCGGAGUCGCCACAGCGGGUCAGCAGGCGGCGUACCCGCCACCGGGCGGCCGCGCCCUCGUACCUCCGCCGCAGCCACUCCAUCCUGCCGCCCAGAGGCGCCAGCAGAGAGCGUCUUACCUCCAACUGCGGCGCAUCCUGGGCACCAAUACGGCCCGGUUAAUCUCCCGGCCGACACGGUCGCAAACGGAAAUCCAUCCCGGUGUGCGGAUCGGCUGUAGCCAGCAGUGACUCCUGCAUCCACUAGGCUUAGCACUCGGACAGUCAACCUGCAAACAGCCACCUAUCUCUGGACUGCAACGUCCCCGCCCGGUCUGGCUCGGGCCCGCCUGUCGGUGGGUGGCCGACCUCUGAUCUGAGCCGAUAACCGUAUCAGCGGCGGCGCGAUAGGGUCGGCUCGGACGGACCGGGCGGGCGGGCGGGCGCCGCACUGACUCCUGCCCCGUCCGGUCCGCCGCACUCUCCGUCACCCCGUCACCCCGUGACCCUCCGUGACCCCUCCGUGACCGUCACAAUGACCCGCACCAGUGACGGAAUCAGCUCGCUGCUGGCGGCCGAGAAGAAGGCUGUGGAGAAGAUCGAAGAUGCCAAGAAGAACAAGGUGCGCCGGCUGAAGGCGGCCAAGGAGCAGGCCGACAGGGAGAUCGAGGGACUCCAGAGGGAGCAGGAGGCCGAGUUCCGUAAGGUGCAGUCGGCUCACUCGGGCAGCAAGGACGCCAUGGUGCAGCGGGUGGACGGCGAGACGGAGGCGCGGCUCAAGUCCAUGGAGAGCGACGUGGCCACGCAUCGGGAGCAGAUCAUCGCCCGCAUCCUCAGCAUGGUCUACGAGAUCACGCCCAAGAUGCACGAGAACGCGCGGUUCGAGCAGCAGGAGCAGCCGGCGCCGCCCAAACAUGUCCAGUACGGACACCAGGAGGAGGAGCCCGAGGACCAGGAGGAGGAUCAGGAGGAGGAGGAGUGAGGAGCGGCAGGAGAGGGCCGCCCGCAGACCCCGGGUCGGUCUGCAGAGGGGGAUAUCAGCAGGUGUGUCUGCUCAAUGGCGUGGUCUGGUGUAACCCGAGUGGUAUAAAGAAAUGGAAAGGCUUCAGCGGGCUUGCUCCGUGCUCAAAUGUUGAUAAAAGACCUGAGCUACUGCGUGUGUGGCGAGGAAUCAUAUCGCGUGUGGCAGAAAACUCGAUCGCACCCGACGGCCGGUGCUAUGAUGCUGCUCUGUUCCGUGUCCUGAUUAUGCGAAUUUCAUGUCAGAAGGUAGGAGUGCCGCUAGAAUGUAAGAGCGCUUACUCGGCAUUUUAUUGAUAUUAGAUAGUAGAUAGCUAAUAGGUUUGUCCGAAUGUUGUAAAUAUUGACGGCAAUAAUAUAUCACGGGAUGAACGUAUAAACGA